AUGGCCGGCGGACUUGACUCGGGAACGAGGGGGACUCGGGGACUGAGGGGUUCCGGAUCGGGAUCGGGCACUCUCCAGACACCGGAUGACCGCCUCCUACCAGUCGAGGUUGGUGGUGUCUGGGAGCUCCAUGGACAGAUGCUAUGUUAUCCCGAGCCGGAACAGAGUCAAGAGGGUUUCCCCAUCGAGGGAGCUGGUGAGGGCGAGUGGCACGAAUGCCCUCACGACAUCACUGGACACUUACUGGACCCCCAGCAGUUUGCUUACCGAGCAAACAGGUCUGUGGAUGAUGCCGUCAACAUGGGACUGAACUACAUCCUGCAGCAUCUGGACAGACCAGGGUCUCAUGUGAGGAUCCUGUUUGUGAAUUUCAGCUCGGCGGCUUUCAACACUGUCAUUCCAAACCUCCUCCUGUCCAAACUAACUCAGCUAUCCAUACCCACCUCCGUUUGUCAGUGGAUCACCAGCUUCUUGACUGACAGGCAGCAGCUAGUAAAGCUGGGAAAAUGCUCAUCCAGCACCCGUACAAUCAGCACUGGCGUCCCCCAGGGUUGCGUCCUCUCCUCACAGCUCUUCUCCCUCUACACCAAUGACUGCACUUCCAAAGACCCCUCUUUCAAGCUCCUGAAGGUCUACAGCUGUCCUCAGUGCAGACAGACCUUCAGUCCAAGACCUGCUUUAGCUAGAAACACCAUGCUGGCUGAUCUGGUGGAGAAACUGAAGAAGACCAAACUACCUGCAGACUGUAACGCUGGAGCUGGAGAUGUGCAGUGUGACAAGCAGCUGAAGGAGAUGCAGAAAACGUUCCAGCAGAGAAUCCAGCAGAGAGAGAAAGAUCUUCAGCAGCUGAGAGAGGCUGUGGAGACUCAUAAGCGCUCUGCACAGACAGCAGUGGAGGACAGUGAGAGGAUCUUUACUGAGCUCAUCCGCUCCAUUGAGAGACGUCGCUCUGAGCUGAUACGGCUGAUCAGAGAUCAGGAAAAGACUGCAGUGAGUCGAGCUGAAGGACGACUGGAGCGACUGGAGCAGGAGAUCAAUGAUCUGAGGAGGAGAGACGCUGAGCUGGAGCAGCUUUCACACACACGGGAUCACAUCCAGUUCCUGCAGAGUUUCCAGUCUCUCUCAGCACCUCCUGAAUCUACAGACGUAAAUGAUGAUCUCUUCAGUUCUCUCGUCUCUUCUGAUGCUCUGAGAGAAUCUGUUCAUCAGCUGAGAGACAAACUGGAGGAUUUCUGCAAAGAGGAGCUCGAGAAGAUCUCAGGCAGAGUCACAUUCACCAACAUUGUUCCCAGAACCAGGAACGACUUCCUACAAUAUUCCUAUCAGUUCACUCUGGAUCUGAGCACAGCACAUAAACACCUCCGUCUGUCUGAAAGCAACAGAGUGAUUACUUACACUGGCACAGAUCAGUUGUAUCCUGAUCAUCCAGACAGAUUUGAGUGUGUUCUUCAGGAGUUGUGUAGAGAGAGUGUGUGUGGACACUGUUACUGGGAGCUGGAGUGGAGUGGGAAAUAUGGUGUGUUAAUAUCAAUGCCAUAUAAGAGCAUCAGAAGGAAGGGACGGGGUGAUGAGUGUUUGUUUGGAUAUAAUGAUCAAAUGUGUUUGUAUACACAUGAAGAGCUUACCACAGACAGAGAGCCCAAGCCCACCGCAAUGUGUGAGACAGCGCAUGUAGGAGCGACUGAGCAAAUCAUCGUCCCAGAGUGCAAGCCUCACAAGUCUGACCAGGUGCAUGAGCCGGCAGCACCAUCCAUCGUGGGAGUAAUAGUGGAGUAUGAGGGAAUGGAAUGGAGCCCCGCCCACACUCCCGUCGCUUAG